AUGAUCGGCACGAUCCGCGACAAAAUGGCCAAAUGGGGCUUUAACGACGACAAAGUCCAGCCCGCUGCUGGUGCAGACAUUGAAGCAUACGAUGUGAACCCCAAGGCGGAGUUUGAGCUCAAUGUCGGUGGCCGUGCAGCUUUGCAGCGACGCCUGCGCAAUUACCAGGUCACCAUGAUUGGUUUCUGCAGUGGUAUUGGUACCGGUCUGUUCGUCGGAACGGGCUCUGCUUAUGCCAAAGCUGGUCCUGCCGGUUUGCUCCUCGCGUAUAUCAUCGUGGGAGGCGUUUUAUGGUGUGUUAUGCAGAGUAUCGCCGAACUCGCAACCCUCUUCCCAACUGCUGGAUCUUUCCCUCAUUGGGCAACUCGGUUUAUCGAUCCGGCUGUCGGUUUCUCGCUCGCAAUUUCAUACGGAUACUGUUACACCAUCGCUAUCGCCUCGGAAGUAUCGGCAGCCGCAGUCAUUGUUUCAUACUGGACGGAUUUAACGCCUGCUGUGGUGAUCAGUGUGGGGUUGGUGCUUAUUCUGGCCAUCAACCUGAUGAGUGUGCGAUUCUAUGGUGAAACCGAGGUCUUUGGAGGUGCCGUCAAGGUUCUCUGCUUCCUUGGCCUUGUUGUUGUCUCCAUCGUCAUUACUGCAGGAGGCGCACCACGCGGCGACGCUAUCGGCUUCCGUUACUGGAAUAAUCCUGGACCAUGGACGAACUAUAACGGCAUCACAGGUCCAACGGGCCACUUCCUCGGCUUUCUGUCAUCCUUCGUCAACGCCUCAUUCAGCUUCAUUGGAGUUGAGACUGUCGUCAUCACGGCAUCUGAGUCCGUUGACCCGCAUCGUGCUAUUCCCAAGGCCGCGCGCCGGGUGACCUACCGCAUUGGCUUCUUCUACGUUCUCGGUGCCAUUCUCAUUGGCAUCAUCGUGGAUCCAAGAUCCCCAGGCCUCGUUUCCGGCGACAACAACGCCAACAGCUCACCAUUCGUCAUUGCGAUUACCAACGCUGGCAUCAACGCUCUGCCGUCCAUUGUUAAUGCAUGCAUUCUAAUCGCCGCCUGGUCUGCGGGUAACUCAUACUGCUGGGUCGGAUCGCGCAUGAUUGUCGCCAUGACCACAGACCACCAGCUGCCACAGAUCUUCGGACGCGUGAACAAGCAUGGUGUGCCAUACGUGGCUGUCGUUACCGCCUGGCUGUUUGGACCCCUGGCAUACCUGAGUCUCGGUAGCGGCGGUGCAUCGCAGGCUUUCAGCUGGCUUCUGAACCUGAGCACUGUCGCUGGUUUGAUUGCUUGGGCAACCCUCUGUUUCUGCUAUAUUCGCUUCCAUGCCGCAAUGAAGAAGCAAAAUGUUAGCCGAGACACCCUCCCAUGGAAGGCACCUUUUCAACCUUAUGCCGCAUGGGUGGGCUUUGUCGGCUCGACUAUCAUUACUCUAGUUGCAGGUUUCCCCGUCUUCUUGAAGGGCAACUGGAAUACGUCCGACUUUGUCGCGUCGUAUAUCGGUAUCCCCAUCUUCAUCUUCCCCAUAAUUUGCUGGAAACUCUGGCAUCGUACCAAGUUUGAGCGUGCCGCCAAUAUCGACCUUUGGUCAGGCCGUCUUCAAGACGGGGAAAUUAUGCCCGUUACAAACCCGCAUAACAACGCGUGGACAAAGUUCACCGACUGGCUUUUCUGA